AUGAAAUACCCGUUCCUGAGGCCGUUCAAGUGCGAAGAGUGCGGACUGGCCUUUGUCGAGUCCAACAAGCUGACGAUGCAUCGCCGACGCGCGCACGGCUCCGAGGCAGCAGAGCAGCCAAAUGCGGCUUCCGUGGUCAACGACGUCAGUGGCCAAAAGCGGGGCAAGCUCGAGGGCAGCACGGAGAGCCCAGCAAAGCUGCUCAAGGAGAGGGACGUCGCCAUGGCCACGGCG